GGGCGACGGGGGGCCGUCAGCUGAGGGGAAGCGGCCGGUGGGGCCAGAGCCCAGUGGGGAGGGGGUCCCCUGCCCCUCUCGGCCCGGUGCGGGGGGGACCCCCUGAGCAGCCCUGCCCCGGGGCGGGUGGGGGGUGGCGGGCCCGGGCCGCCUCCGGCCCUGCCGGUGUGGGGGUGCGUGUGACACCCCCGGGCUCGGGCACCCGCACCCCCGUUCCCUGUUCGGGGCGAACCCCGCGGGGUGGCGGGGGCGGGAAGGUCGCUUGUGUCUCUCUGUGGGAUGCGAAGGAGCGUGAGGGACGCAUCGCAGGUGAUCGUACCGUAGGCCAGGGCAGAAAUGACCGUACCCCCCCCCCCCCCCCGCCCUGUUCCACCUCCAGCGCUCGGGCAGCGGGGCUUUGAUCGCAGGGGAAACCCCCACUUGUUCGGGGUCCUGUUUUCCCGGUAGAAACGGAGCAUUGGAAAGGCACUGGCUGGAGCAUCGUGGUGGGCUACGGCGAGGUCUUCUGCCGGUCUCCUGCUAAAUGUUGUGGGGUGUUAAAUUCGAUUUGGCCGAUCCUGCCAGUCUCUUAUUUGUCCCGGAACUUUUCACAACGUCUUGUCAGAAUAAGGCAUUGCUUUUUGUUAACGUUUAUUGAAUUUUAAAAGCCACACACUUGUGAGCAUAGGUGUCUCUCUGCCGUGGUUGAUUAGACUUGGCCGUCGGUUUGGUUUGGUGACGUGCUGUUUGUCCUUUCGCCCUCUCGGUUGGUCUUACUGGUUGGGCGAGGGCAGGCCUUGCUGGUAAAUCUCAUAGCUUGUGUUGGAGUGUGAGGACAAAACUCUUGAUAAUGCUCCUGCUGAAUACGUAGACGGGCUGGGGAAAGCGGCUUGGGAGCUGAAGGCUGUAACUUAGAAAUAUCGGUAGUUUAUUUCUGUUUAAACACCCAGUGUUGGGCUCGUGGCGGCAGAGAACAUCUGGUAGCGAAUGCACGGAACGGUGGACUAUAUUUGCCCACGGUGUGAAUCUGGUUUUAUCGAAGAACUUCCCGAAGAGCCGAGGAACGCUGACAAUGAGACCAGCUCCUCCACAUCAACCAGCGAUCAGAGCAGGCAUCCCUUUGAGAACGUGGAUCAGCACUUAUUCACCUUGCCGCAGGGCUACGGCCAAUUUGCCUUCGGGAUCUUUGAUGACAGCUUUGAGUUUCCUUUCGGGUCCAAUGUGCAGUCGGAAGACAACAGGGACUCCGAAAACCGGAGGGAGCGAGAACAUCAGUCUCGGCACCGAUACGGUGCCAGGCAGCCCCGAGCCCGUCUCGCCACACGCCGUGCCGCUGGCAGGCACGAGGGAGUUCCCACGCUGGAAGGAAUUAUCCAGCAGCUGGUCAAUGGAAUUAUUGCACCUACAACGAUACCUAACCUAGGACUAGGUCCUUGGGGAGUCUUGCAUUCAAAUCCAAUGGACUACGCGUGGGGUGCCAACGGCUUGGAUGCAAUUAUUACACAGUUACUAAAUCAGUUUGAAAACACUGGACCGCCGCCAGCAGACAAAGAAAAGAUCCAGGCCCUCCCCACCGUACAGAUCGCACAGGAACACGUAGAUUCUGGGUUAGAGUGUCCUGUGUGUAAAGAAGACUAUACAGUCGGUGAAAACGUCCGGCAGUUACCCUGCAAUCACCUAUUCCACAACAGCUGUAUAGUCCCUUGGCUGGAGCAGCAUGACACGUGUCCCGUGUGCCGGAAAAGCUUAAGUGGACAAAACACUGCCACAAACCCCCCAGGACUCACGGGGAUGAACUUCUCAUCAUCCUCCUCCUCCUCUUCCUCCAGCUCGCCUAGUAACGAGAACUCAUCGAACAACUCAUGAAUCUUAAUCUAACCCUCUGUCCCCGGGGCCCUCUCCAUUGUCCCUCCUCCCUCCCCAGCCAACGUAAGCAACGAAAAGGGGCUUCCAGAGCAGAGCGAGGUGGGGGGGUAGCGGGGGGAAGCAGCGCCCCCAGAAUUCCCUUUUGAGUUCUGAAGACAUGGAGACUCUGGGUCCUUCGGAGAUGAGAAGCCUCGAGUUCUGUGACGGGGGUGGGGUGGUGGUGGCGGGGGUGGGGGGGGGAAGAGCUCUGUCUAUUAAUAAAAUCAUCCAUUUGCCGCGUGGACUUUGAACCGUUGCAGUGAAAGGCUGCUGCGCUCCGCAGAGGGGAAAGCCGAGGCGCUGGGCUGGCGGUUGCCAUUCUGAAUGGAAAGGUUGUUUGUAUGGUUUUGGAAUUUGAGAUUCCUUCCUUUCUUUCUUUUUGCUCCUCCUCCUCCUCUUCCUCCCCUUGGAUUCUAUCUCUUCUGCUUUGGAGAUUGAAGUCUUUAAAAUGAUACUGCCUCCCUCCCCAGGGUCUCCAGCUGGGGAGGGCCAAUAGUUGUCACUGAAAACAUGAACUCUUGAAAAUAGACCCCGUCAUCCUUCCUUUCCCCAUCUCCAGUCCCAUUUAUUUUUUUUUCCUUUGUAACCUCACCCUUCCGAUACUCGACACUGAAAGGGUUUUUAUAAUUUUAAAUUAUUACUGCUGUUAAAAAAAAAAAAAAAAAAUAAAUGGACGUUUCAGCUCAACGAGACGUUAUGCAUGAUUUGAGGAAAACUACAGGGUACGCUCUCUGGAGGCUGCUGUGCUGAGCUGGGCCCUUUCGCCCCCGGGCAGGCUGGCCUUGUGCGAGCCCUCGGGCUUGUGCGAGCCCUCGGCCCCGCCGAGGGGGGGUUGCGAGCUCCGGGCACCCGGCUCUGACACAACCAGCACCCGUUUGCGUGUCUCCAACCUGCGGGUCCUUGAGCGGUGGCUGCAGGAUGGCGACUGAAAGCAUCCUUGCCUGGUCUUUUGUAUUUUAUUUUUUUUUACGCCCUCUCCCUGUUGCAGUCCCGCACUUCUCGCAGCCUGAGCCGACUUUUCCACCGUGUCGCCAUCAGGACGGGGCGUGCACCGGAGCAAGGGCCAGGCAAAUAUCAUUGUGAUCGAAUAACGUAACAGGAAAAACAACAUUUUGGAGAAAAAGUGUAUUUCAAAACUACUUAAAAUACAGAUGAUUAAAAAAAAAAAAAAAAAGGACAGAGAGACAAAUAUC